AGUGAACUGUGCCAAGCUACUCGAAACAGUACUGUUCUCACUGCUUGACAACCCGGAAGCUAAGGUCCUACCUUACCUACCUACAGUACCUGACCUAGUAUUCCAAACAGUUUCAAACUUGGUGUCGACUCCCUCCAUAUUUGCGGUGCAUCUCCUCACAGGUCUGCUUCAUUGGAGAGCAACAUUUGGGCUUGAUUUGUCAUUGGAGACGUAAAAAGGUACCACUUGCACCAUCAGGCAACUGCUGAAGCGUCACCUCACGAGGAAUCUACCCUUGGAAAACUUGGAACCGUGAAAGUCUUUCGGUAUUAUUGAUGCUGGAAGUGUGCUUUGUGCACAUUUGAGUCUUGGCCAUGGCCCAGUUCAAGCAGUGGGCACUGGAGUAUGUGCUCUCUGACGAUGAGCCCGCACAGCUGGAAAUCACGAAGAAAGCAGCAAAGGAAAUCGAAAGCUCUCGUGCAAGCAGUACAGUGGUGGGAAACUGGGCGGCUUCAGUGCAGCAAUGGAUGACUCCAGCCAGUGCCGAUGAUGACAAGAUGGAGGAUGAUGAUGGAGGGGGGAGCGGCGACAUCAUUGCUCGGGCCAAGGCUCUGGGCUUCCUUGCAGGGACAUUGGAGGCACUCGACAAGAGCGUGUUAAGGUCGGAUCAAGUGCUCCGCCUUAUUGGCUUCUUCGGUGCCAUGUUCUCCUACGAUCACAAAGCCGGCAUCACAGCAUCCGCCAAGGCCUUGCGGCAACUGUACUCGAUGAAGAAUUUCAAGCCCAAUAUGGGCAUCAAGAUUCUAGAUGAUGUCUGCAAAAUCAAGGAGGACUUCCGGUUGCAGGUUGCCGUCACCAGGCUAGAGAUAUAUGAGCUCUUCCUUGGCCUCAUCCAGGACCCGGCCGUCAGCAGCGAGCUGAAGCACAAGUACGGGUCCUCUUGUGGCUUCGUUGUCGACCUUCUUCAGGUGUGCCAAAACGAGAGAGACCCACGGAAUCUCAUGGUCUGGUUCAAGAUACUUGCUUUACUCAUCAAGGAUUACGACCCUUCGACUGAAGUAACAGAGGAACUCUUCAAGGUCUUCUCUGCUUACUUCCCUAUUUCCUUACGGAGUUCAGCUACGCCGAUAGGCAUCACCGCGGACGAUCUCAAGGAGGCCGUGCGAGGUUGCUUCUCGGCCCACCACCGCGUUGCGGAUCUCGCCUUCCCGUUCCUCAUCCAAAAGCUAGACCAAGGAGAUGCCGUCACGGUAGCUGUCAAGUUGGACAUACUGAAGACGAUUCAAGCGUGUAUUGAGCAGUACGAAAAUCCACAGGCAAACAUCGUACCACACGUUGAAAAGAUCUGGAACUCGCUCAAGUACGAAGUCCGGAACGGCGAGGUGAAGGAGACCAUAGAUGCGACUCUUGACGUGCUGCGCACCAUUGCUCGAAAACUGGACGGAACAAAAACCUACAAACUCGAUGUGUCCUUGCUUAAAAGCUACGUCGAUCUCGUUUCGAGGGACUGCCGGGACGACCUCGCAAAUCCUACUUACACGAAACAAGCCGGGUUGCUCUUGAUGACAGUUAUAAGCGCCAAUAUCCGGGCCUACGUGCUUUAUAACGCCAGCUUCAUCGACACCAUUCGGCAAAAUCUCCGCCAGCCUAAAUCGCCCUCCCACACGCGGGACCUUCUUCUGCUCCUGAACUCUCUCCUCAAGACUCGAAUGGAGCUGUUCAGGGACAGGCAGCAGGGACAUUCUGACGACGAGGAUAGUUUGAGGACGGAGUCCCGUGCUCACCUGGACACAUUGUUUCACGAUGUUUACCUCCCGGUAUGGACCGACAAAAUCAAGGGGCCUGUUUCCGAAGAGAAAGAUGUGCUCAAGCAGGUUAUCCAAGGCCUUGCCCUGCUCGUCAGCCAGCAGGUUCUCCAACCCGACGGGUCUGCUGUCCUUUUGUGCUCUGGCUCGGUCUGCUCCGACAUCUGCUCUCUCUUAAUUUCUACUAUUACGAAAGGGUUGACUCUGAGUUCGAAUGACAACGCUACCGAGGACACCGCCGUGGAAGACGAAGCUGUCCUAGGUCUACGCACAAUCGUCAUGAACUACACAAAGGGUUAUUCAGAGCUGGCAAGCAGGGUUAAGGCGGAGAUCAAGUCGCGGGACUGGGCCAACCCCUCGGGCUAUUCGCUUGAUGCUCUGAAGGAUCUCCUGUCUCGUUUUACCUUCAUUGGUUGUUCCGAGAUUCCGUCAAACAUCGCGACUGAUACCCCAAGGCAAUUCUCCCCGCUCCAGCAUUUCAUCACACUGACAGCGAGCCUCUUGGAACUUUUUCCCCUUUCACCCUACUGCGAAUCUACUCGCGGGGAUGAAGGCGCGUCGGCGAAUUCGCAUGUCAUUUCCUCACUCCAUGCCUCCAUCAUCUGGUUCCGAGACGCCUGCGAAGCGAAAUACGGCAAGAAAGCUCUCGCUUUGGAUCCAUCGGGUAGUCAAGACUGGCUAGACGAGUUCAAGCGGCUGCCCGAAGACUGGCUGUUGCAAAUACAACGCGAUGUCGGUGCGGCAGGUUCGGCACUGGCAUUACAGGGGGACGACCCUGAAGUAUACCGCCAAUUCCUGAAACUCGGCCUUUUCGUUGUGAGGUCCCUUUACCGGUCCGCAUCUGCUGGAGCACGGGGACCGUGGGAUGAGACGGCUCUUGUUCAGCUCUCCCAGAUGGCCGCGCUCGUGGUGGGCAGGCUCGACGAAACGUUGCAAGUGUCCUGCAAUCUAGCCUACGAGGCCUUUAAUUUCUUCCGCGACACAACAGGGCUGCUCCUCCAGACCCCUUCAGACCUCCUGAAUGGAUUAUUGACGCUGGGUAUUCUCCAAGGACUGUGGCCCGGGGCAAUGGCGGGAUUAUAUAACCCGGGCGGAUUCGCGGAACGGUUCACGAGUGGCACACCCAGCUUCAACACAUCCCGUGAAAGCGACAUCCGGGCAGCUAUCGGCGCGAUACUCGCCAACAAGUUCAAAUCCGGCCCCUCCACCCCCGCACAGGAGGUAGAGGUGCUAAAACGGGUACUCGACUUCUGGGGCGACUGGCUGAAGAAGGAAACCGCCGAUCCAUCCCCAGCCGACUCGACCACCUUCCGCGCCCACUGCACAACCGCCCUAAACGUCAUCGCCGGUGCCGCAGCCCGCCAGGAGCCGCACGUCCUCACUCUCAUCCCGGCCCUCCACCAGGCAGCUUCCACCCCGACCCCCAACGGCGAGAUCCUCGCCGCCUCCCUCGGCCUCAUCAUCAAGCAGAACCCACUCCUCACCACCGAAAACCACGCCAUCGUCCGGCGCUUCCACAAGCAAUGGGCCUACGCGCACCUCGCUAAACCCCUCCUCCAAUCCGCCCAACCAGGCUCACCCGGCAGCGACCCCCUCGCCGCAACGCGCUGCCGCGUCGCCGUGCUCUCCAUCGUCGCCAACUGCCCCUUCACCGUCUACCAAGACGACCUCGCCCCGCUCAUCCGACUACUCGUCACAGCCCUCGGCCACCGCGCCGGCCUGUCGGACGAGACAGCCUGGUCGCAGACGGUCGCGGCGCUGGAGGUGCUGGUGGAGGUGCUGGGCAGCGAGCCCGAGGCGCUGACGGGGCACCUCAGGGCCGUGAUCGGCGGCGCCACGGGCGUGUACCAGGAGUGUGCUGCUGCGCAGAAGAAGGGUGUGGUGCGUACGCUUUGCCGAAGGCUGGCGCUGCAGGUGCUGGGGGCCGUUCCGGGCCGGUUUGAGGAGCGCCAUGUCAGGGCUUAUGCGCCGCCUACGCAGCGGGUUUUGGCGGUGGCGUGUGGGGAUCCGGUGAGGAGGGUGAGGGAGGUUGCGAGGGCUGCGAGGGGGAGCUGGGCGAAGGUGGUGGUGUAGUGGAUUGGGUGGUUUGGGUGGGGAGGUACC